GGCAAACUGGGCUAAUGACAGCCCUGACACACACAGUGCAGAGCUGAGAGCAGCGCCAGGGCCAUGGCAGGGGCUCCUUCCACACACACAGAACACAGACAUGGGUGAAGUGAGCUGCUCCUGAAGAUCUCCUCCUCCCCACAUCUGACAGAGCUACACCAAGGGARCUGCAGCCAUGUCCGGGGAGAAGGCACGCGUGGAGGUGCCCAUGGUGAUGUACGAGCCGCACCACGAGCGGUUCCGGCAGGAGCCCUCUGCCCCGGCCUUCUGCAGUCAGGACGGGGGUUAUGAGUAUCCUUCUCCUCCACCUUACUCCUACCGAGAAACCACCACCAUCGAGCAGCCGGUUUAUUUGGUGUCCCAGCCCCCCAUCAUCGUGGCGGGGAUUUUCUCCAGCAAACCAACAUCCACCAUCUGCCCUUCCUGCCGCCAGCACAUCACCACCCAGGUCACCUACAGGCUGGGCAAGCUCUCCUACCUCCUGUGCACCAGCCUGUGCAUGGUCGGGUGCUGCUUCGGRUGCUGCUUCGUGCCUCUCUUUGUGAAGGUCUUCAAGGACGCAGACCAUUACUGCCCSUGCUGCCAGUUCCACAUUUAUAGAUACAAAAGACUAUAGAAACUMACUUUAUGCAACCAGAUGAUAGAAAGCCUCCAUUUCCUAAUGGCAUAAGAUUCUGCACACAAAACUACUGCUUGGAAAGCCACAGGAGCGUGCUGAGGUUCUGCAGCUCCCAUGCUGGUGAACCCACCUGGUAAACUGCAGUCCAUGGUUGGACUGGCUUUAAAACAAAAAAACACUUCAAGAAAUAUUUGCACUGUCAGUUUAUUUCUAUCUGCUUUGCUGCCCUGUGCUGCGAAGUUUCCAGCUGGUGAAUACUUCAGCUCCUCUCAAACCUGCACCCAGCUGGGACAGCGACUCCUCUGGACCUUUCAGCCCACCUCUAACCAAGUUUUGGACGUGGAUGYUUCAGAGAAACUCUCACCCUCCCUGCACUAGAACUGCCUGGUCAGGAUUUAAUUUCUCUCUGCUCUUUCUCCUACAGGACCUACCCCUGCAGGGCUGUGGGUGGUACAGUGUAGCUGAUUAUUUAUUAACUAAACACUAAGUUAUGAGACUGUCUUUACUCUGUUAUAGAUGAGGCAAGGAAAUAAAGCUGUUACUGUUCACAAAGCUGAUAAAACAUCUGCYGUG